CCUGUCCUUUUCAUUUGGGAGGUCCCUCCCUCCUCCGAAAGCCGUUGUCUCGACUCUGUAACGCUCAAACUUGAAUAUGAAGAACGUGAGGUAGCUAUUCAGGAGUGCAAGAGACUCUAAUGAAACCGAGUUAUAUCAGAAAAAUGUGGAGCAAUAUUUUUUUUAACCCAACGGACGGGCAACGAAACCUAUUCGGUGAUCCUUAUUCUUGGAAAUGCCUCCAGCUGUUUCGUGACGUCAAGUCCCCAGAAAGGCGCGUGGACUGGAUACGAGUUUGUUUUUUUUCCCGCCAAUUUCAGAUUCAAUAUGGCGGAGCUGGUGGCGGACAGUACGGAGAUUAGCUCGCAAAAUGAAGAGAAUUCAGUGGUACAAGAUGAAGAUCAGCGUGCAAGACUUACACAGUUUCCACAAACUCGAGUUCGUAAUAUGAUGAAAAUCGAUCCAGACCUUCAUUUAGCCAACAGAGAGUCAGUCUUCCUCUUAACAAGAGCGGCGGAGCUAUUUGUUGAACAUUUCGCUAAGGAAGCACACAAAAGGACUGUUAUAGGAAAAAGAAAAACUAUACAGAAAAGAGACCUGGACACAACUGUUGAUGAAAAUGAAGAAAUGGCAUUCUUAGAGGGUACAUUAGACUAAAAUCAUUUAAUGAUAACCUUGAUCGUCGACAAAUGUUACCAUGUGAAACAUCCCAAGAAAGAAUCAAGAUCAGGGAUUUUAUAUAGUGUGCAAAGAACUAUUGACGUCAUGUAAAUAAACUGUAGAUUGAUGA